GCAAAGCAAUGUAAAGGUUCGCCGUGAUGACUGUGUGUCAGUGAUUCGGUCUACGUGUAUGCAUGCUUGUUUGUUGACCAGAGGUCAAGGAUGAUUAUUUUUUGUGGGUGGACACUUAUUGAAAACUACACUUAAAGUUUAAGAUGAAACAUUAAACGUCAUUGAAGAAUCAAUCCUCGCAAGGUGUGAACUCUGAUGUCUCUGCAUCUGCAUACAGUGUGAAAAAGUUAUAGGUUUUUUAGGACAUAACAUCAUAAACAUAAGUCUUCUUGUCUUCGGGUCAGCAUGGGAGAUUGGGGAUUCCUCUCAAAACUAUUAGAUAAAGUGCAGUCUCACUCAACACACAUCGGGAAAGUGUGGCUGACGGUUCUGCUGAUCUUCAGAAUAAUGGUUCUUGGUGCCGGACUGGAUAAAGUCUGGGGAGAUGAGCAGUCCAGUAUGAUCUGCAACAUCAAGACACCCGGUUGUUUAAACUCAUGCUUUGAUCAUGCCUUCCCGAUUUCCCACAUGCGAUUCUGGGUUCUCCAAAUCAUCUUCGUGGCCACGCCAACUCUGGUUUACCUCGGCUACGUUUUGCACAUCAUCCACAAAGAAAACAAACUCCGGGAGUAUUUGCAAAACAUGCCGGAUGAGAAAGACAAAGCCAAACUGCCAAAAUACACGUCCGAUAACGGGAAGGUUUACUACAAAGGAACCCUGCUUUGUUGUUAUAUGCUUUGCCUUUUUGUGACCAUUUUGUUUGAAGCAGGUUUCAUUGUGGGCCAGUAUUAUUUGAUCGGACUUCAUAUGCCCAAACAGUUUGAAUGUUACAGAAAACCUUGCCCUGAAACUGGCCUGCAUUGUUUUACAUCCCGACCAACAGAAAAGACCAUAUUUAUUAUCUUCAUGCUGGUUGUGUCGUGUGUAUCUUUAGCUUUAAAUGUAGGAGAGAUAUUUUAUCUGGUGGGUUACAGUGGAAAGUACAGAAGAAAGUCAACUCAAAAUAAUACAUCCAAUGAGACGUAUUGUUGAAAGAGAUUCACAGUUUGUCUUUUAUUGUAGGAAAUUUUAUCAUACAUCAUUAGAUGCUUUGUUAUGCACUUUUUGUUUAUUGUAAUGAAUCACUUUUGUAAUGAUUUUAAGAAUUUAAAAAUAUGACAAAUAAACAUAACCUCAGUUAUAUCUCAUGAACUACUGUAGCAAAUGUUAUUUUCUAAAUCGCUCGUUUUAUGUAAAGCACCUAAAUGUAGAUUUUUGGUAUAUGUGUAAAUAUUUAUAUAUCCUCAUGCAUGCCUGUCAUUCCAUUAUGGGAUUCUAGAAAAUUACUGGAAGUGUAAAUGAACCAAAUCAAACUAUCCCGGGAAAGAUCCCGGGACACAAUCUCUGUGUAAAAUGCUAGAAAGAUAUACAUUUUUAAAAAUGCUGGGUUUUUUGCUUGGGUAAAAUAUGAACACACCAACUGUAGUGGUUUAAAGGUGCAGUGUGUAACUUUUAGAUGGAUCUCUUGACAGAAAUGCAAUAAAAUAUACA